AUGGGUUCAAAAUUAAGUCGACAUAAUGCAGAUGGUAAUGGUGAACAUUUAAGUAAAGAAACAAUCGAAGAACUUUGCCAAGAUACUGGAUUUAGUGAAGAAGAAUUACUAACUUGGCACACAAAUUUUUAUACCGAUUGUCCUGAUGGUAAAUUAACGUUAAAACAAUUCGAACAUGAAUAUUCGAAAAUAAUGGGAAAACCUACACAAAAAACAUCGGAAUAUGUUAAACAUAUGUUUAAUGUUUAUGAUGAAGAUAAAAAUCAAUUUAUCGAUUUUAAAGAAUUUGUUAUGGCAUUAUCUGCUGCUUCAGUUGUCAAUCGUCUUCGUCUUGUUGAAACACUCUUCUGUAUAUUCGAUUUAGAUAAUGAUGGAAGAAUUACAAAAGAUGAAAUGGCUAAAAUGUUACAUACACUUGUUGAUGUAACAAAUUCAAGUAGAAAACAUCAUCAACAUCAACAUCCACAUCAUCAUAGUAGUAAUAAUAAUAAUUAUCAUGCAAAUGAAGAUGAUUCAACUAAACAAGUUGAUUUACAAAAACGUAUUGAUGAUGCAUUUGAGGAGUUUAAUACAAAUGAUGAUAAUCAUAUAACAAAAGAUGAAUUUAUUGAAUGGUAUAUGAAAACAGGUCUGUUAUCAGACGUUAAAUCAAAUGAAAUUAAUGUUCAUCAUACAUCACGUUUACAACAACUUGAUAAAAAAUCUCGAAAAAUCAAACAACAAAAAUUAAGUGUACAUGAUAAUAAAGAUGGAGGUCAUCGUCGUCGUAGUUCACUUGUUCGUUAUAUGUCACAUAUGAUGGAACAUAAACCAGUAUCAAAUUUAGACGACGAUGAUGAUGAUAAUUCUAAUGUUGAAGUUAAUCAAAAUAACGAAAAUAAUAAUAAUGGUGACGAUUCAAGAAUACGUGCAAGAAUAGAUUCAGAUGAUAAUGAUUCACAUUAUUCAAAAGAAAAUGAACGCUGGCAACAUUUAUUUAAUUCUGUUCUCGGACAAAUUCGUGCACAACGUACAAGUGAUGGAAAUCAACUAGAACAAAAUAAUUUAGAUAAUUCUAAUCGAAUUAGUCACUUUAAUUCAUGGAAAAAACAUGGUGAAGAAAAACUUAAAACAGAAUAUUUCAAACAAAAAUCUAAUGAUUCUUCAUUAACACCUGAUGUUGUUAGUAUUCGAUUCUAA